AAGCUCUUUUUGAUUGCAAGGUUUUCAGCUUUUUAGUCUCAAUUAACACAUGUAAUGAUAAUACUAAACCUCUAUUUUUAUAAUAGAAACAAAUUGGUUUUUGUGAGUUGUUGUGUUUUGUUUUCAUUAUACUUGUACCUAAUACCAACUCUAUAAAAAAUAAUAAGUAAAUACCAUUGUAAGACAAACAAUAUUAAUAUUAAUUAAUAAUCAUAAUAUAAUGUGGCCCCAUGAUAUUCUUUCAUAUUCAAUAUAUCAUAUGCUAUGCUAGUGCAAGAGCUACUACACUCAAUCACUUUCCUUAAUCCUUUAUUUUGAAUUUAUUUUGUGUUCAUCAACCAAUCUUUCCUUUAAUCAUUUUGCAAGUUUUUGAAGAUCUCAUGGCUGAAUUAGUUGCAAGACCGCUUCUCUCUGCUUUGCUUAAUCCAUUGGUGAACAAGUUAACUAGUGAGGUGAAGGAAUUCUUCAAAGGAAAAGAUGCCAUUCUGAAGCUGGUGAAGGAGUUGAAAACUUUGCUGUCCUCUGCUGAUCUGCUGCUCACGGAUGCUGAGGAGAAGCUCAUCAAAGACCCAAGAGUAAGGAAGUGGCUUGAUGAUCUCAAGGAUGUAAUUUAUGAUGCAGACGACUUGGUUUACAAGAUCGACAAUGAAGCACAGCGAAACAAAAUGAAAGGCAGUUUCACUAGUAAGGCACUCAUGAGACUCGUCUCAUCAACUCCUUUAACAUCUUUUGACAAGACCAUAAAAGCUGAGAUAGAAGAGACACUUGAGAAAUUGAAACUUCUUCUAGACAAUAAAGAUCUUGGUUUGGAACGUGUGAAGAAUCAUAAGCUUCCAGAGAGGGUAUGUGCUCCAUCUCUAGAAGAAAAUGAUAUUUAUGGAAGGGACAAUGAGAAAGAAGAGAUUAUUAAGUUGCUUUUAUCGGAUGAAACAACUGGUGGUGACAAAUUAUCUGUGAUUCCUAUUGUUGGGAUGGGCGGUAUUGGAAAGACUACUCUUGCUCAACUUGUUUACAAAGACGAGAGAGUCAACAAAACGUUUAACACCAAAGUGUGGAUUACGAUGGGAGAUGAUAAAGUUGAUUGUAUGAAAGUGAUGAAACUAAUUAUUGAGAAGGUCACUUGUAGAAAAUGUGAGAUUGAGGAGCCAUAUGAUCUUCAAGAAGAAGUAAAGAAGGCUCUGAGAGGGAAGAAGUUUCUAUUUGUUGUUGACGAUGUUUGGGAUGAGGAUCCUUCCAAGUGGGAUGUCUUAAAUAAUUGUUUUAUAUCAGGGUUGCAUGGAAGUAGGAUCAUUGUGACAACUCGGAGUACAGUUGUUGCAUCGAUUAUGAAAACUGAGUCAACUUAUCAACUAGGAAGAAUAAAUGAGGUUGCUGGCUGGAAAUUAUUUGCAAAACAUGCUUCACUUGUUGUGGACUCAAAUGAUUACUUGGAUCUCAAACAAAUUGGAGAAAAAAUAGUUGACAAGUGUAAGGGUCUCCCUUUGGCAAUCAAGUCAAUGGGUCUUCUCGUACGAGAGAAAUGAAGUUAAAAUUCUUCCAGCUUUGUGGUUGAGUUAUUUUUAUCUACGCCCAGAAUUAAAGCAAUGUUUCGCUUACUGCUCCCUAUUUCCAAAAGAUUAUCAUUUUAGAAAAGAAGUGAUGGUGUUGUUAUGGAUGGCUGAAGGUAUUUUACAGUCUUCAAAUAAAAAGAGAGUAGAGGAAGUUGGAGAAGAGUAUUUCGAAGAUCUAAUUUCUAUGUCAUUUUUUCAACCAUCAAAUAACAAUUAUGAGGAGGAGCCGACUUUUCUCAUGCAUGAUCUUAUACAUGAUUUGGCAAUAUUUGUUUCUGGUGAGUUUUGUUUAAUGAUGAAUAAUAUCAGUAAAUGUUCUCACAAGGUUCGUCAUUUUUCGUACAUGCAACGAUGUGCAAAAGACAUUGACCCUAAGGAAUUUGAGGAGCUAUUUAAAGCCAAGUGCUUGCGGACUAUAUUGUGGCACGAAGGUUCAAAAUAUGAUGGUCUAGAGUUGUUUAAGAUUAAGAACUUAGGCAAAUCAUUCCCACGGUUGAGAGUACUAUCAACAACGGACUGUGAUAUCACCAAGCUUCCUAAUUCAAUAGGCAAUUUGAAGUAUUUAAGAUAUUUGAAGUUAGAUUGUAAAUAUAUUAAAGACAUACCUAAUACAAUAUGUAUGUUGUAUAAUUUGGAGACACUAUUGUUGGAGAGAUGUAGAAAAGUUACUAGACUACCAACUGAUAUAGGAAAUUUAAUCAAGUUGCAACAUCUUAGUGUUUCUUGGAAUUUAUUAGAGAUGCCAUUGCAAUUGGGGAAGCUACAAAAUCUGCAAACACUUAAUAGAUUUGUUGUGGGAAGAAAUAGAGAUUCUGGUGGCAUUAAGUUGUUGAAUGAGUUUCAAGAUCUACACGGUAGUCUUCUGAUAGAGGGACUAGAAAAUGUGAGUAGCCUUGAGGAAGUUACAGAUGCAACAUUGAAGAGUAAGAAGUUUCUUAGCCACCUAUGUUUGGCAUGGGGUGAUUACUUGCACAAUGAAGGAGAGCUACUUAGUGCCCUCCAGCCUCACCCAAACCUAAAAGCACUUGCAAUUUCGAACUACAAAGGCAACAAUUUCCCAAUUUGGAUGGGAGAUCAUCGCUGCUUGUCUAAUUUAGUAAGCCUGAAGAUGGUAGAUUGUUCUAAUUGCAGCUUCUUGCCGUCGUUGGGACAACUGCCUUCUCUUAAAGACCUUGUCAUCGGACAUUUGAAUAGUGUGGUGAGAAUUGGUUCAGAGUUUUACUAUUCUGCUAGUGUUGACUCUUCUUCUGUUGCAAUACAAACAAAGCCAUUCUUUACAUCUUUGGAGAGCUUGAGAUUUCAGAAUUUGUCUAAUCUCGAAGAGUGAUCAUUUAUUGAAGGUGGAGAUUUUCCUCGUCUUAAGAAUCUUCAUCUUCAUAAUUGUAAUAAACUCAAAGUGACAUUGUUAGGAGAUUAUUUUCCAUCAUUGACAGUGCUUGAAGUAAGUGUCAGUGAGGAACAAAUACCACCAUUAUUACUCCCAAGACCUCAACUGAUGGAGCAGGCCCCUUUGAUCGGUUUAAAGAAGCUUAGAAUUAUGAGAUGUGGAAACUUGAGGCAGUUAGACGAGGCGGCCUUACAACACCUCACCUCCAUUGAGGAGUUGAGAAUUGAAGAGUGUCCUAAGCUGCAAUGCUUGCCAAAAGAACUACCCUUUUCUCUUUCUGAUCUUCAUAUCACUUUGUGUGAAUUGCUAAGACCACGAGUGGAGAGGGAGACAGGGGAGGACUGGCCAAUAAUUGCUCACAUCCCAAAUAUAACUGUUAAUUGCAAGAAAAUAUAGGAUGCCUAUGUAUCAGCGGUUCUUCUCUAGGCAGUGUCAGCAUCUUAAGUCUUUUAUCCGAUCAACAGGUUUCAAAGCUAAGAACAAGAGAUAGUCCACUCACUCGCCUCGUUAGAAAAAUAAUUAGGAAUGCUUUUCUGUGAUACUCAAACUUUU